AAGAAAAAAUUAGAUGGUUCCCAAGAGAUUUAAUCGAGCGAUUAUUUUACAGAUAAAUAAUUAAUUCUCAAACAUUAAUCACUCGGAAUUCAGGAACUUCUUUUUGAGCUCAUAAUCAUUGCUGCGCGUUUGUUCAAAUUUUCUUCACUUUUUCCGUUUUGAGCGAUUUUCUUCUGGUCGGAAGACAUUAUCGGAUGAUUUCUUUGUAAUUGUUUCCGCAUACUUCCCCUGCAACAUAUUCAUCUUCUCGAUUAUAGGAAACAGUAAUUGCUUUUCCCGUGAGACGAAUUGCGUAUAUUUUACGGAAAAUAAUCAAUGAGGCUGAAAUUUCUAUCUGUUGACGUUUUUACUUGAGGGAAGACGACACGAAAGUGAUCCUUCUUUGAAACAUCUGCCCUAUUCGACCUUUUAACUAAUAUUUUAAUACAAAUAGGCGGUCGUCCUCUCCUUUUAAACCUAGAUAUCAUACCAUAGUCAUCUUAUUUGCAUAAGGCAAUUCACCAUGCCGUUUGUUUGACGUUUUAUUAAAACCAAAUAAACUUAAUCUUUUCAAUUUUUUUUGUUCAAUUUACCGAGUACCAAGAUAUCAUUCUAGACCCUAGAUGCAUUAUUGAUUUAAACAUUGAGCCUCCAGAUAUUUGAUAAUAACGAGCAUCUAGUUGCCUGUGAUCAUUUAAUUUUAUCAGCUUCUUGUUUGAUUACGUAAAAAAAUGGAACUUUUCGAUGCUCUGCCCCAAUUUGCAUCAAAGACUGAAAAAUAGUGUCAUAGAAGGAGAUACCAUUCAAGAAUUCCUUGAGCUAUGAGCUGUUACAAGGCAAUUAUUGUCUGCAGUCUGGCUUUUUUCCUGCUUCUGGUUUUCACCAUUGUCCAGCAGAUCAGAAGUUUCAUCAGAACUACAGAUAACCCUGUCUCCUCCAUUAAUUUCUACAGCAACACAAAUGGAUUCCACGAAAGCUCAGUGAUAAUCUUCACUGGGUUCAUCAUGCAAGCCGUGGCCAAUGACUCCAUAAACCUGGCUGUCACACCCUUCUUAGUGAGUGAGCACUGUCAGUGUUUGAAUGGGUCAGUCGAGACAAUGAUGAGGUACUACGAGUGCGACAACAUUCUCAGACUCAACUCAUCAAUAGAAGACGGCACAGAUGCGAUUUUGAUGGAGACUCCAGUGAACUGGGGUGCUUCUCAGAGGGAGGUGCUCAUCUGCGACCACCCACGUGACCCAGUGGUCGGAUUCACAUUCGUCAUCCUUAUGCAACCAUUCGAACAGAUCAAAAACACAUGGAUUAAGAUGAGUAAGCCCGAGCGUCUGCAGUUGGUGAACAGUUCCUUCCUGAAUGAGGUGCAGGUGUGGGUGCACUGCAACUUCUACAGCAGUCUCCAGCUGAGGAAGACAGAACUCUACGUCCAACACAAACUCAACUCAUCCACCAUCGACGUACUUAGUGGUUCAACUGAGAACGUGAUCAGGGGUCAAACUAGGAUCAAUUUUGCUUGGCUCGAUGGAAAUGUGACAAUAGUUGACAAAUUCUCCGAGUAUAGUGUGUGGUCGCUGGCCAUGCUCCUUUGCGCAGUGCUACUAGGCCUAGAAAGAUGCUACACAGUUGUAAACAGGGCCAGACUACAGCACAGAAAGCACCUGAAGAAGCUAAACAGGAAGCAUUCUAUGGCUGGAUUAGAGACCAAUAGUCUUAAUCAAGCCGACGAAGUUUGAAGAAAAAGAAACGAAAAUCAUUUUUUAAAUUUUCUAUUUUUGAUAUUUUAAUAUUUUUAUUAGAUAUUAUAUUUUGCAUAAUACUGAAAUUUUUAUUGUUGAUUAUUUAUGUUUCAAUUGUUCCACACCUUGCGAUAUCCAACAAACAAGAUCAUAAAUUGAGAAAAAGACAUCGAAUGAAAAAGUUUUAACUGAAAA